AUGCUCCUCCGUCUCCCACUAGAGCUACAGAUCGCCAUCGCUGACAUACUGCCCAUCCCGGAUCUCUUACACCUACGUCUAACCUGUGCUUACUUAUACGACUCCCUUUCUCCUCUCACACACCGCCAACUCUUGGAUGCCGAGGCCACCGACUGGGCUCGCCACCAUAAUGUCUUCACCUGUCGCUAUUGUCUACGCCUGCGCCCCGCGGUUCAAUUCGCCGAUCGGAUGCUACAACAUCGUCGUUCUCGCGCGGGUCGGGACUGCCACAAGCGCUUCUGUAUUGACUGUGGUCUGAUGCCUCGCGAGGGUGGACGUACCGCUCGCUAUGGGCCCGGCGCCCAACUCACCAUCAAUGACCAAUUCUUUGUCUUUUGUCUCUCUUGUCAUCAAUUCCUACCAGGAGCCCGAGACCGCCAUGGUCGGAAUACCUUGGAGUGUAUCUCAUGUUCGCAGAACCGCUGGCUACGAGCGGGUGCAGCAAUCGGGUCUUUGACCGAGGUCGAUCCCACUCCUAUUCAACCCCCAACCGAAGACCCUUCGUCUACCAGUGAAUAUCUCUCCAUACAGAACCAGCCAGGAAAAAAGGAAGAAGAUUGA